UUAUUUACAUCAUAGAGUCGGCCCUAUGUGUCACUUGAUCCUGUAGAUCCUGUUGUAAAUAUUCUAAUAUUUACAGUUAUUUCAAUUAAAACGAAUUUUUAUUAUGUAGUUAAUAUAAUAUUAAUUUGAAUAUUAAAGUUUUGAUUAAAGAAAAGCAAAACACAUUUGUUUAAAGAUUCUGAAAUCUAAAAAUCAGAAAAAAAAUGCAGAGAGCAAUGAUAAUGUGUAACGAAGUGCCGACUGAGGUUUUGACAUUAGGUCGAUGGGUUGAGGAAGGAUUGGCACCAGAUGGAAAAAAAGAUAUAAUUGUCAUUAUACCGGGUAAUCCGGGAAUUCCAGCGUUUUAUGAGGAAUUUUUAAAAACUCUUAAAUCAAAAUUACCACCUGAAACGCCAAUUUGGACUUUGGGUUAUGCGGGAUUUGUACAACCAACUAGUGAACUUCUCACAAUGCCUAACAAUAAAAGACUUUAUGAUUUACGAGGACAAUUGGAUCAUAAGGCGGAAUUUAUUAAAAAAUACGUUCCAAAAGACGCGAGACUUCAUCUUGUGGGACAUUCAAUUGGAAGUUGGUUCAUUUUAAAUCUACUUAGAGAUGAAGAAAUCGAAAAACGAGUUGUAAAAUCCUAUUUAUUGUUCCCAACAAUAGAACACAUGGCCGAUAGUCCUAAUGGACGAUUUCUCAUUAAUGUGGUAUUAAGAAUUGCCGCAUUUCUUGUAUUUUUAGCGUGGAUUUUUUCCCUCUUCCCAUCAUUUCUACGUUAUUUUUUGGUUUCAACAUUUGGUUUAUUUUAUGGUUAUCCAAAAAAAAGUACAUCGGCAAUUCUUCAAUUAUUAGAACCGCAAGUGUUGAGAAAAGUUUUUGCAUUAGCAAAACAAGAAAUGAUUGUCGUUAAAGAAUUAGACGAUGAAAUGGUGAGGAAAAAUAAAAAGAAACUUUGGUUUUAUUAUGGUACAAAAGAUGGUUGGGUACCAGUUAGUUAUUAUCAAAAUAUGCGAGUUAAAUUUCCUGAUGUUGAUAUUCAACUUUGUAAACGAAAUCUUUAUCAUUCGUUUGUAUUAAAAAAUUCCAUUGAAAUGGGACAAAUUUUAGGUAAUGUGAUUAAUGAAAAUAUCUCUUAAUUAAUAAAUUAAGGGAAAAAAAAUUGUGAUAUACAUCGAAAUAAUAAUUAAACACAAGAUGCGAUAAUUUAGUAUAAUUAGAAGAAAAAAAAAAUCGCAUUUUUAAUAGGAAAUAGAAAUUCUUUGCUGUGUUUAAUUUGUAAAAUUUUAAUUUUUAUAUUCAAUAAUUUAAUAAUUAUUUAUAAUUUUUUAUAGCUAUUUAUAAAAUUAGCAGCAAUAAUUGUUAUUAAUAUUAAAAUUGUAAUUUAAUUAUUUCUUUAAUUAAAAAUAUGGUAAAAUUGAA